CUGCUACAGAAAUGGAUGUAAAAAUGAAAAAGCCCAGGAUGUCAUUUGGAUGGUUUUCAAAACCAGAUGCGAAAGCACUUGAGGUUGAUGUCAGUCUUACAAAGGUGGAAUUUUCUCUUCCAGAAGGAAAGGUGGUCAAAGAGUCAUAUGUAGAAAUUAAAGCUCCAGAGAGUCAAGUUGAAAUGAAAAAUGAAGGUUUUUCAGUUGAUGGAAAACUACAAACACCAGACAUAGAGGAUAAAAUAUUUGAAAUGGGGGUGAAGAAACCACUGAUAACCUUUCCAAAAAGUAUUUUUUCAAGAUCUGAAAUUACGGCUCCUGAGAUUGUUGUGAUUCCUCCAAAUGUAGACAUUUCACUCCCAGAGGGAAAAGAGUUCAAAGUGCCUGAAGUGAAAAUGAAAGCUCCAAAGAUUGAAGUUGACGUAAAAGACGCUGUUGGCUCCCCCUCAAGAUUCAAAAUGCCAACAUUCAAAUUGCCUACCUUUGGUGCAACUUCAAAGGUGGCAGUAGAUGUCUCUGAUAAAGAGAAGGAUAUUGAAGUGCCUGGUGUAGAAAUUCUAGAUCAAACACUAGGACCUUCCUUUCCAGUUGAUUUAACAGAACCCGGGGAUACAGUUGACAUUAAAGGAUGUAGUGAAGUUCAGCUACAUGUUGCUGGAUCUGAAGGGCCCUCAGUUGAAGAAGGAAUGACAAUAGCCGAUGUGGAUGUUCAUGAUGUUGACAGUUCAGAACUGACAAUUGAUGAUAAAGGCCAUGGCUUACCCAGCAAAGGUCAAGGCUCACCAAGUAAAUUCAAACUUCCGACCUUCAAAAUGCCCAAAUUGAGCAUUUCAAAAUCCAAACCUCAGAAUGAACAUGAACAUGAUGAUAUAAGUCCAAAUAUUAUUUUGGAGAAUUAUGAAAUUCAUGUGGAACCACAAAGACCAGAGAUUUCACCAAAGUUGACUUUGACAACAUUUGGGGAGGUAUUAAGAAGCAUUGAUGUUGAAUUUUAUGUCCCUGCAUUAGAGGAAGUGGAAGAAAAGCUCACAGGCUCAAGGGAAGAAAUAACAGCCUCAAGAAAAACUAAAUUAAAUGCUCAACCCAGUGCUGAAACCCAGUCUGUCCAAGAAGAGGAAGAAGCGAAAGAAAAAUCUAAAUUUGUUUGGUUUAAGUUUCCCACAUUUGGACUAUCUUCUCCUUCAGAAUCUGCUAAGAUUUUAGAAAAAGAAGCUUCUGAGAAAGAAGCAAGUGAGAAAAGCCCUGCAGGUGACUCUGUGGAACAAGACUCCAGCUUGACCUUCUCAGUGCAGUCAUCGGAUGCUUUUGCAGAUAUCAGUUCUACAGUCACAAGCGAACAAGUUGCUCCAUCAUUGGCCUCUCCAACCAAAGUCACAGUGAAAUACUCUGACCCUAUUGCCACUGAGAUACAAGGUAAUAUCAUUACCUCCACAGCAAGGACAAAAAUGAUCUCUUUUGAACCCUACUUGGCAGAGAAGGUCACCAUUCCAAUGUCCUCUGGAACUUCCUCCUCAUCAAUGGACACCCUAAAACUGGAGUCUGGUACACAUGUCAUCACAUCCAAUAUACAAGCAAUACCAGACACACAGAAAGCCACGCUCUUAACAGAUUUUGGAUUGCAGACAGGGACAGCCGGAGCUUCCUCUGCAUCUUGGUCAGUGGACGACACCAACAAAACACAGAGUGAUGGGCAAACAGUUAUUAAGAGGCAUGUAGUUAGGGAAAUGUCAGGCACUGACAAGGAAACGGUUGUCCUAACUCGAAGAGUUACACAUGUGUUUGGGGCUGAGGCCAUCUCAGAUGAAACAGCCUUAUCUAUCAAACAGAUGAAAGAAACUAUGCAUUCUGAAAAAAUGAAAUUCUUCGAUGGGGCUGAAUUGGAGUGACUUGGAGGAAUAUGAUAAAUCCCUCAAUUGAGAAGUAAUAUCAGUCAGAUUAUUAUUGUGCUCUUAAUAAUUAAUUGUGCUUUAAUUUAUGACAGAGUUUGAAUAUACACAGUUAAAUGUUUUGAUUGUUUACUUAGUACACACUAUAUAUAUAUACACAAGUUUGUGUACACGCCUAUGAUACAGGUAGGGAUAUUAAUGCCAAAAUUGUCACUUUAUUGUAAUUACUACCAUUGAGACCAUUUUACUGAAUUUGCUGUUUUAACACAUAUCUGCAGGUUGUCCUGCUGUACAUAUAAUGGAGAGAAACUUCUUAAUCCACUGCCAUAUACAUUGAUAAAUUACCUCCGAUUUCUGCUCUUUAUUCCACUUCUGGGCAGCAAUGUAUAAAUAUAAGGAAUCAAUGAUUAUGACUCUGAAAAUAUGUUUACAAUUAUUUCACUGUAAAACCAUACAAAAUACUUAAUGAAUACGUAGUGAUAUAAAUACAAACCAUGCAACAUUAAUAGAACAAAAACACAGAACACUUAAGGAAGAAUUGCAAUCUGAACACUUAUUACCAUGAAAUAAAUAUAUGUUGCUAAAAUGUAAUGCUUGUAAUCAUAGUAAAAAAGAAAGAAAAAUAUAUUGAUGCAACUAUAUUUUGAUUAGAAUUAUGCAUAGAUUUAAUUUUCCAUAAUGUAUACUGUACCUAACAAAAACAUUUCUGGAUUUGUGUAUAGUAGGAAAAUAGAAAAUGCCUAUGUAUAUACUGUACUUGAUUUUGAUCACUUCUUUUGCAGAGUUACUUUGAUUGUUGCUCUUAUUCUCCACUGAUGUAAUCAAUGUAUUAGCAAAACUACACAUA